UGAGCAAUUGACCAAAGCGUUGUGUUGAUAGAAUAAGUUUUUGUAUUAAAAUAAUUUUUGAAAUUGUGAGAAUUUAAAAUUACAUUUAUUUUACAAAAUGGCAAAUCCAAAUCCAGAAAUUAAAUAUACAAAACUUUUCAUUAACAAUGAAUAUAUUGAUGCCGUCUCUGGAAAAACAUUUCCAACAAUGAAUCCAGCUACUGGACAAAAAAUUAUUGAUGUAGCUGAAGGUGAUAAGGCUGAUGUUGAUUUAGCUGUUGAAGCAGCAAAAAAAGCAUUCGCUCGUGGUUCACCAUGGAGAGAAAUGGAUCCAUGGAAUAGAUCAAAAAUUAUGAUUAAGUUGGCCGAUCUUAUAAUGAGAGAUCAAGUAUAUAUUGCCAAUUUAGAAACACUUGAUAAUGGAAAACCAUUCUCUGAAGCUAUGAUGGAUGUUAUUUAUUCAGUUGAAGUUCUUAAAUAUUAUGCUGGAUGGUGUGAUAAAUUUUCAGGUGAUACGGUUCCAGCUGGAUCAAGUUUAUAUUCAGUUACAAAAAAAGAACCAAUUGGUGUAGUUGGUCAAAUUAUACCAUGGAAUUAUCCUUUGUUAAUGUUGGCAUGGAAAUGGGGUCCUGCAUUAGCCACUGGUUGUACAAUUGUUAUGAAACCAGCUGAACAAACACCACUUACUGCUUUGUAUGUUGCUUCUUUAGCUAAAGAAGCUGGAUUUGCUCCUGGUGUCAUAAAUAUUAUUCCAGGUUAUGGACCAACUGCUGGUGCUGCAAUCAGUCAUCAUCCAGAAAUUCGUAAAGUUGCAUUUACUGGAUCUGUAGAAGUUGGAAAAAUUAUAAUGAAAGCCGCAGCUGAAACAAAUUUAAAACGUGUAUCAUUAGAAUUGGGUGGUAAAUCACCACUUGUUGUAUGUGAUGAUGCAGAUGUUGAUGAAGCUGUUGAAAUCGCACACGAAGCAUUAUUUUCAAAUCAUGGUCAAUCAUGUUGUGCUGGUAGUCGAACAUAUGUUCAUGAAAAAAUUUAUGAUCAAUUUGUAAAGAAGGCUGUUGAAAAAGCUAAAGCUAGAAAAGUUGGUAAUCCAUUUGAAAAGGGUGUACAACAAGGUCCACAAAUUGAUGAUGAAAUGUUUACAAAAGUACUUGGUUAUAUCGAAAGUGGUAAGAAAGAAGGUGCUAAAUUAGAAUGCGGUGGUAAACGUUUAGGAGAUGUUGGUUUCUUUAUUGAACCAACAGUAUUUUCAAAUGUUAAAGAUGAUAUGAAAAUUGCCAAAGAAGAAAUAUUUGGUCCAGUUCAAUCUAUAUUCAAAUUUAAUAAUUUAGAUGAAAUGAUUGAACGCGCUAAUAAUACACAAUAUGGUUUAGCUGCUGCAAUUAUUACAAAAGAUUUAAAUCGUGCUGUAAGAUUUUCUAAUUAUGUUGAUGCUGGUUCAGUAUGGAUCAAUUGUUAUGAUGCUGUAUUACCACAGGUACCAUUUGGUGGUUAUAAAAUGUCUGGCUUUGGUCGUGAGCUUGGCAAAGCUGGUUUGGAUAAUUAUUUGGAAACUAAAACUGUAACAAUGAAACUUUCAAAUAAAAAUUUGUAAAUUUAUUUUACAAUUUUGAUAUUGUUGUGUGAAA